AUGAGUCAGAAACAUGCAACUGACACUGAGAGUGCAAGUGCUGAGAAAGAACAGUGCAAAAGCAUAAUGCUGGAGCUUAAAUUGGCUGUCCUGAAGCGAAUUGAAGCAGGGGAAUGCCAGAAUGAGGUCUAUAGAGCAUUGAAUUUGGCUGGGUCAGCUGUUAGGACCAUAUUGAAAAACAAAGACAAAAUAAAAGAAUAUGGUAGAAUUAUAACUCCUUUGAAUGCUUUGAAACUUAGUAGAAAGUUUGAGGAACCAGUGGUGACAAUUCAGGACAAUAUCAUUGGCCUUGAAAGGAAAAUUAGAUUUGACAAACUUGAACCUGAGGACAUUCAGGAGUUGAUCGAUUCCAGUAGGGAGGAAUUGAGCAAUGAAGACCUCAUUCAAAUAGAGCAGCAGAGAAGCCACGAAGAGGAGGAAGAUGUUCAACCAGCAAGGGCCUCAACCAGCAAAGGCAUGGUUGAAGCUUUCAAACAUCCUGAAGCUUUUCUUUCCUACUUUGAUGAGAAUGACCCUGACAUGCAGUUCUGCAGUUGCAAGAGGAGUUAA